UUAGCAAUAUGGCGGUAAAAACAAGUUACGAAGAAUGAGAAGCAAACUUGUUGCCGAUUUCAGAUGAUUAUUACAUGACAUUUCACAACCAAAUUGUUUGUUUAAGCUUUGAGCUUUUAUUAAAUAUUUCUGUUAAGUUUAAAGAUGAUGGACCCGGCUGAAGUCGAAUUUUUAGCCGAAAAAGAGUUGGUAACGAUUGUCCCCAACUUUGCACAAGACAAAAUAUUUCUGAUUGGAGGAGAUAUUGGACCUCUGAAUCCAGGUUUACCAGUUCAAAUACCAUUAUGGAUGGCAGUCAAUUUAAAACAAAGACAUAAAUGUAGAGUUGUUCCCCCUGAUUGGAUGGAUGUUGAGAAACUUGAAGACAAGAAGCAAGAAGAAACAGAUUCUAAAUUCUUUACUCCAAUGCCGAGUAAAUAUUAUAUGGAAGUUACCCAGAUAUUAUUAAAAUGUGCUACAGCUGAUAUACCUCGAGCUGACGAUGUUAGAACGUUAAUUAAAGAUAUAUGGGAUUUACGUAUAGCUAAACUAAGAAGCAGUAUUGAUACGUUUAUAAAAAGUGAUGCUACACAUGCCAAGCUGAAUCAUUUGACGUUAAUGGAGAUCAAUACAGUCAGAUCAUUUUUAACCCUUUCACUCGAUCAGAUGCACAUUUUAAGGACAAAUUUAACUGGUGGAAUUAAACCAACACAAGACUGAACACGGUGAACUGUUUGUAGAACUUCAGUCUAUUCUCACAGUGAUUAAAGGACCUUCCGUCUAUCCUCACAGCGAUUGAAGGACCUUCCAUCUAUCCUCACAGCGAUUAAAGGACCUUCCGUCUAUCCUCACAGUGAUUAAAGGACCUUCAGUCUAUCCUCACAGCGAUUAAAGGAACUUCAGUCUAUCCUCACAGCGAUUGAAGGACCUUCCAUCUAUCCUCACAGCAAUUAAAGGACCUUCCGUCUAUCCUCACAGCAAUUAAAGGACCUUCAGUCUAUCCUCACAGCAAUUAAAGGACCUUCAGUCUAUCCUUCAGUUUACAUCUUGUAAUUAUGCAUUUGGUCUAACUAUGAGAUUUGUCUCCUGUGUACUGCCUUUAAAGACACAUUAUGGGAGAUUAGAUAAAGAGCUGGCAGUUCUCACUGUAGUAGUUAAAAACUAGAUAAUGUACAGAGGGAAUUUGCUGAAAAUUUUAGUCAAAUUGAUCCACUCUGAACCAAGAUUUCAGCGAUUGAAUUUUAGGCCUAGCCUCGAUCAUCAUUACUAAAGUCGGUACGAUAAAAAACAUAGUCUUGAUUAUCCAUUUCAUGAUUAAAUCUUAAAUGGAAGUAGAACAGCAAAUCGGAACCUAAUGCAAUAAACAUCACAGACUAGCGAUGACAUCGAGAGUUGAUUAUGGCCUGGAUAAGUUAAUUAAUAAUUCAGAUGACAUUUCAGGCCUAAAGAAAGACCUGAAAUCGGCAGAUUUAGCAUUUGCAUAAUGUAUGUUUAAGAGUAACUGAAGUUCAAGGAUUAAUCAUACCUUUUUAAAACACGCUAGCUCUGUUUUGAGUAGCUGGAAUAGACCAAAUUUUGUUGAUAAUUAUGUUUUAUUUCAUGUAAUGGUACGCUGUCUUUGUUCCUCACUGCUUUCCCUUUCAACUCUAUUUUU